UUACUCAUCAUUCAAAACUCGUAUGCUGAAAUUAGUUGCAGAAGAAUCAGUCUCUCUCUCUCCGGAGAAAUCACCGAUCGUCGGAAUUGGAAAAGCCGAACUGACGGUUUCGAAAGCCUUCAGCACCGCAAUUCAGCCUCCAAAUUCUUGUUUCAUCUCCGUUUAAGCCUCUACAUUCCAAACAUGGCAGCGGAGAGGCACGCCUCUUCGCGCGCAACAUCAUCUGAAGACAACGCGAUGUUUCUUGAUAUACUGCAUGAGGCCCCGUUAUUUGGUCAUCGGAAGCCUGCACGAACAGUUGGGAGCAUAAUUUAUUGUUUCGUUUUGGUAGGCUAUGCUGCUCUGGCUAUUGGAGCGCCAUGGAUUUUUCGUCCUAUAAUGCACUUGGUUGAACCAUUGCUCUGCAGUUGCGAUGUUGUUCUCUUGAUGCUCACAGGUAUAUUUCAGCAAUAUCUAGUAUACCAAGUCCAGAAAAUUCGAUUGCAGGGUUAUUAUAGCUUUAGCCAGAAGUUAAAGCAUAUUGUUCGUCUACCUUUUGCAGUUACUGCAUAUGGAACUGCUGCCCUUUUACUUGUCAUGGUAUGGGAACCUCAGAUCAGUGCACUCUCGAUCCCCAUAAUUUUAAGGAUGAUUAUGUUAAUUGAAGCGGUAUGUGCUGGAUCAUUUAUGAUUAUAUAUAUCAGUUAUGUUCAAAAGUACAAUUCAUUAAAUUCUCAGCCUGAUGUUUUGAAGUCAUUGUAUUCUCCACUUCAGCAAUCAAGUUCUUUGGAAGAUCUAAGGUAUCAUGAUGUUGGUCGACUUUCUGAUCAGCAAAUGGCUUUGUUGCAAUAUCAGCGAGAGAACCUUCAUUUUCUGAAUGAGGAGAUUCUUCGGUUGCAAGAGUGUUUGAGUAAAUAUGAACGGUCCAGUGAUGGAAGCACGCCUCAGGUUGAUCUUGCCCAUAUGCUAGCUGCUCGUGAUCAGGAAUUGAGGACACUUUCAGCUGAGAUGAAUCAGGUGACAUCAGAACUUAGGCUUGCUCGAUCUGUGAUAGCCGAGAGGGAUACCGAGAUUCAGAAAUUACUCACCACCAACAAGCAGUAUGUAGAAGAAAAUGAAAGACUGAGAGCUAUUCUAGGAGAAUGGAGUACACGGGCUGCAAAGCUCGAGAGGGCGCUUGAAGCCGAGCGUAUAUCAAAUCUUGAAUUGCAAAAGAGGAUUGCAACACUAAAAAAGCUAUCACAUGCAUCUGAAACAUCAGAGCAGCAGGGGAGUUGAGUUGAUGCCUGUAGUAAACCAUACAUAAAGCAUCAUCAGUUUAAUCUCAAGGUUGGAACGGAAGUGCCGCCCUCAGCAUAGGCUACAUUUAUAUUCUCUUGAAUAUGAGCAGCCGCAGAUGAGACCCGUUUUCUCUCGUGCAUUCUGGCCUCCAGUAUCGACCAAAUACCGGCAGUAGCUGUGUAAACAAAUGAAGGUUCGUUUCUUUUUUUCCUUUUUGAUCUUGGGACUAAAAUUUGAAUUUCUUUGAUUGUACA